AUGACAUUGCCAGAUUUGAUCCACGUUUUCGUAGCUUUGUUGUGCACAAAACAUGCCUCAAGCUCAACCAGUGGGCUACGAGUAGAUCCCUAUGAAUUGUAUCCUGACAAACGUCUACAGCUGCCACAUGGAAUGGAACAGAAGUCGAUUCAAGUAGGCGACGACAAGAAGUGCGCGUUUUCUUGUACCACUACGGAAUGGUGUCGCUCGGUUAAUUUUAAGAUUACACCUCUUGAAAACGGACGGCAUGUUUGCGAACUUCUCUCUUCUGAUCAGUUCACAAAUGGUGCAAACUUAAAUCAAAACAAUUCAUACCUUCAUUAUAGCAAAAAGUACAAGUCAGGAGGAGACGAUGGGUUCCGUGAAUUCCGAAUUCCAUCGGUGUCAGGAUUCCUACGGACUCCAUUUCAUGGCACGAGAGAACCAUAUAUGAGAAAAUUGGUGGGACCUAUCCUGGUUUUGAGAACAAAUGCCGACAAGGGAAGCCCUGCCGUAAUAGAGGUCACUGUGUCUACUAUGAAGAUAUCCAUGACCAUCGAUGUAUUUGCCCACAUGGAACCAUGGGACAACACUGCGAAAUUGUCGGACAAAUGCCGUCAAGAGAAACCUUGUCGUAAUGGUGGUCAGUGUAUUUAUUAUGAAGAUAUCCAUGAUUACCGAUGUGUUUGCGCACAAGGGACCACAGGAAAAGACUGCGAGAUACUCGAGAAAUUCGGCAUCAAGGAGUCCUAUCUUGUGAAACUAGCUCUGGACGGCAAAGAUGCCAGUUUGACUCCAAUAAAUGGAGCCAAAUACGAGAACACUGACCAAGGAAAAGCUUUGUACUUGGAUGGAGUCAAUGACUUUGUCUUAGUUCCAAGAUUUGUAUUUUACGAUAAAAAUUAUACCUUUGGUGUUUGGGUCAAGUUAGCAGCCUUCAAGAGGCACAGUAUUAUUAGCGAUGACGACGGCCACAAUGGCCGUAGGUCCUUCAAUUUUAGAAUAGGCCCGGGUAAUAAGGCAAUGGUGGUCAUGUAUUUUGGCGACGGCUCCACAGCAAUUUCUUCGACUUCAAAUGGGAUAAUCCCCAUCAAUCAGUGGACUCACAUCGGCGCUACCUUUGAUAUUGAUGCACAUAGGGUAAAGAUUUACCUUAAUGGUACACUGGACAAAAACCAUGUCGGUAGGUCUUCAGUCAGGAACAUGUGUUUAUAUGAUACCACCAGUUAUUGGAUUGGAAAAGUCGGCUAUACGAAUGAAGAUUUCUUCAAAGGCUGGAUGAAAGAUUUAUCAAUGAUUUCUCGCGUUUUGCAAGAUUCUGAAAUGAAAGCUCUUUCAGAUGGAGAGCGAAGAGCCUGGAUUGGCCUCAAUGACAAAGCAAACGAAGGGGUACUCCAGUGGGCCGACGAAUCACCCAUGACUUAUAAGAACAUGAAACAAUUGAACACAGAGACGAGAGACUGCAGUGCAGCGAUACUAGUGGAAAACUUCCCUGAAGAAUGGAGUAUGAGAGAUUGUCAGGAAGAAUCGUUUUUUAUUUGCAGAAAGUAGCCAAAAGGCCAUGC